AUUAUGGGAGCCUGUUUCUCAGAUAAAAAACUUAGGAAAAAUAACAAUGUAUAUUUUAACUAAAAUACCUUGAAUGAUUCAUUAAGUAGAGAUUAAAAGUAUAAGUAAUAAUAAUUAAACUAAGAAAAUAGAGAAGUAUUCAAAUAAAAAUCCAAUGAAGGAUCUAAAUUAAAUCCUUCAAUUAGUUAAAUGCAAACUGAAACUUUAACCAAAGAUUCCUAAAAUUCAAAGCAAAAAUUCAAUACUCCAGAGCCUUAGCAGGAAAAUUAGUAAAAAUAAAUUCAAAACUAACAUAUAGAGUAAAAGUAAAAAAAAAUAAACUAACAAGAUAUAGAAGUGUUGUUUGAAUAAAAAAUUAAUGCGGGAUUUAAAAAAUAAAUUAGUUAAAUAUAAGAUUCCUAAAUUUAAAAGCAAAAAUUAAAUUCUUCUGAUUAGGAAAUUAAUUUUGACGAAAACAUGCAAGAAUAUUAAGACGUAUAAAAUUUAAAUUUAAGAAAUGUUGCUUCUCAAAAUACUAAUCCUAAUUAAAUUAAUAAUUAAUUUUAAAAUUCAAAAUAUUAAAAUCCUGAUGUAAACAAAAAUAUGGAAAAAUAAUAAGAUAAAAUAAAUUUUCCAAAUAAUACCUCUCAGAAUAAUACUAAAAUUAAUUAUUAAUUUUAAAUUCCAAAAUAAUAAAAUCCUGCUCAUAAGGAUUAACAUUUAGAGCCAUUAAAUUUAAAUGAAAGAAACGAACAAAAAUUAUUACUCUAAAAAAAGGAAUAUGAAUAAAAUAAAAAUGAGAAAUAAUAAUUAAAGCCUCCAAAUCCAAAAUAUUCUAAUUUUAAAGAUUAUAAUGUAAAUUUGAUUAAAGGUGUUGAAAUGUUACUAAAGAAAAGUAGCUCUGAAACUUUAUAAAUAAGUUAAUAUCCAGAUAAAUCCAUUAGAAUGAUAGCUUAAGAAUCUUCUAAUCCCAGUAUUUAUUAUUUAAACUACAUCCUUGAUUAUAAUCACAAAUAUGAAAUUUUAUUGGAUAUUAAAAAGAACAAUAUUUUAAAUAUCAUUUAAUUACAAUUAAAAACUGAGUCUUUUGAAGAUUUAACAAAUUUUAUUUACUAUAAUGAAAAUUAUGUGUCUAUUUAUCCAGAAAUUUAAGCAGAUAAAGGCAAAAAUAUUGUAGGAUAUUCUGAAUAAACAAUUGAAAAUUUGAAAUUAUAGAUUUGCUUAAAAGAUAGUGUUUAUAAAUGUAAAUUCGCAGGAAAUGAAUGCUCAAAUAAUGGAUUGAAAGAUUACGAUUCAUUUUAAAAUGGUUUUUUUGCAUUUUAUAUCAACUCAACAUAUAGUUAAGCUGAAAUAAUUUUAAAAUCUAUUAAAGUAGUUAAGGAGUUUGAAGAUUGA